AUGAACGAUGAAGGUGGUGACACCGAUUUCCGUGAAAACCUCCAAUAUUACUUUGAUAACUCGGACUCUAACCUGCUUCUCAUUUCCGCUGCCGCUCCAGAGCUUUUGGUCAUUUCCACCACUGCCACCACCAUUCCAAAGCUCCUGGUCACCACUGCCCUUCCAGGCCUUCUGACCACCGGCAGACCAGGGCUUAUCACCGUCACCUCCACCACUGCCCUUCCAGGCUUUCUGACCACCGGCAGACCAAGGCUUAUCACCGUCACCUCCACCGCUGCCCUUCCAGGCCUUCUGACCACCGGCAGACCAGGGCUGAUCACCGUCACCUCCACUGCCCUUCCAGGCUUUCUGACCACCGGCAGACCAGGGCUGAUCACCGUCACCUCCACUGCCCUUCCAGGCUUUCUGACCACCGGCAGACCAGGGCUGAUCACCGUCACCUCCACUACCCUUCCAGGCUUUCUGACCACCGGCAGACCAGGGCUGAUCACCGUCACCUCCACCGCUGCCUUUCCAGGCCUUCUGACCACCGGCAGACCAAGGCUUAUCACCGUCACCUUCACCACUGCCCUUCCAGGCCUUCUGACCACCGGCAGACCAGGGCUGAUCACCGUCACCUCCACCACUGCCCUUCCAGGCUUUCUGACCACCGGCAGACCAGGGCUGAUCACCGUCACCUCCGCCUUUGCCAGCCCAGAGCUUCUGCUUGUUACCAUCAUUGUCAAUUCCAGCACCACGUCCUGGAUUGCCUGA